AUGUCGUUGUACGACGGUGACCAUAUGAACCCCGAAGACCACGAAGCCCAUUACUCCGUGGUUACCCUCGAAUCCACGCUCCUUCUAUAUGCCUACGAGCUAGAACGAACACAACAAAGAGCACCGACCCUCCCGAACUCCGCCCAAGCACACCGCAGCCCCCCGUCCCAGAGGACGACCACGUCCUCUCACAGCAAGACAUGGAAGGGCAAAAUGACAGCAGGGGCAAAGAAAUUGGGUCUUCCCUUUGGGAAGAAGACCCCAGCUGACACAGUAUCUCUCCAAACAACAACGGAGACAGUCCCGGAGAGCAGCUACAUGUACGAGAAGCCUGAAGGAUCUACAUUGAUGUCGCUAGAGGAAGAAUCUUCACCGACUGAGGCCAUGAAAUAUGCCUCCCAAGUACAACACCAGGAGCAAUUGAAGGAGAGUGGGUAUGACCAAAUGCCGGGCGCGAUGUGGGAAGCAACGGCGAUGGCCCAGAUAGUUCAGACUAUGGAAGCACCCGGUCAACAGAUGAGCACAGUCAGCAGUCCUGGGGAGAGCCCGUCAUGGCAGGAAGCGGCACGACAAUGGAAAGCGAGUCAAGGGAUACGACGAGGGAUUCCCCAGAGCCAAGAAUCCAAGGCCCUGGGUCCCCGACCAGCUCCUCCAGCUGGCUAUCCUGGUACUCAGCAGACGGGACUCGAUGAGUCCACGGAAUCGACACUCCACGACGUUAUACGUUGCCGAUCCCUAGCUCAAAUUGAUACGUUCCAGACCCUCCAAUCCAACCUGACCCCAGAGAGCUCGAACAAUGGGCAGAAGAGGAACACCUCAGAGCCUGGGCAGAUGCCUUCGGGGAACCCACAACUGCAUGAAUCUCACCAGUUGAGUCCACAUCCUCCAUCGGGGGAACCCUCGACACGAUCACCGAGGAAGAAAACCCUAUCCCUCUCACACUUCCCAGACCCUCAGGGGCCCAGACCCCCUACUAUCCUGAUGACGAAGACCCAUGGGGAGAGCAGGCAGAUCCAGAGGAGCUCCAGCAACACCCCCAUGCUGACUCCCCGCCAUGGGAGUGAGGGGUCUUAUUUGCAGACACCAAUGAUGAGGACACGGUCCUCUGGUGGUUCACAGGAGCCCAAUCCCUUGCCAGAACUACCAACGCAGGCCUCGCAGAUUGGCCUCACUGCAGGUGCCGGAUCUGCAGACGAUUAUGGAACUUGGCCCAAGCCUGAUAUAACGAAGUUGGGCCCGACCCAGAGCUCGAACCCUUCCUUACCCCCAAACCAACCUUCCACGUUGAACCCCCCUUCAUAUCCCAGAGAGAGCUACAGUGGUGGGUCUAUGACAGGGCAGACUUCGGAGACAUCUUCGAAAGUUAUAGAAGAUACUUCGCAUAUGUCUGGAACUGGAACCAGAUAUGGAUCGACGGAAAUCCCUACCUCUUAUGAUAUGAACCCGUUUUCCACCCAACCGACCAUCUCAACCGACUGGACCCAUGGGUUAGAGCCAGGAUACAAGUCGACAGGCUCACCCAUGCGGGAGAAUACGAAAACGAUCCCCCCUUCGACAAAGGGCACGACGAGUUCGUUCAAGGGUCCAGCACCCAUCCCUACCGACGAAGAACUUUAUAGAAUGAACUGGGACCAAUUCUGGUGGUAUAUGCACGCCAAACUACCCUAUGAAACCUAUUGGUCCACCUCCCCACAAGGGUGA